AUCCCACGCAAAACCCUAAACCCCAUCCCUCUCCAACCCCCCAUUCCAAAGAUGCCGGGCGGCGAGCUCCUGCCCUUCCGCCCGCUGGACUCCAGCGGAAUCCUCCGCUCCCCUCGAUGCCUCAGCGUUUUGGGCAGAGCGUUCCCCUUUAAGCUCAAGUACCAAACCUGCUCCUCAAGGCCACGCCCCCUUCUCUUCCCUCGCCGCUGGAGGAGGGAGCUCUGGGUGGCGAGCAUCGGGGGAAGAGAGAAAUUUUUGUUCGAGGACGAGGCCAAGUUCGGCGAUCGGAUCAGUGAUCGAAAGACUGAGAAGUUGGAUCAAAAUAGGGUAAGAAUAAAGAAAAAUGAGAGGGAAUCCUCGGUGCCCUUGAAGAGGCAGAGAGACGGUGUCUCCGAUGGUUUCCAGGGGGUUGACGACAGGAGGAAGUCCAGGCAUUUCCUCUCUAAAAAGAGAUUUGAUGGCGAAGUGGACGAGGAAGAAGGGAAAGAUCAUUUCUUUUUUGCCAAGCAGAGGAGUGAAGGUGGCCGUGGUCUAAGUGAGAGGAGAUCAGCUCUCAAGGUAUCGGGAGAGCAAGAGAAGAGGGAUGAUGAUGAAGUAAUCACAAAAGCCACGGGAAGAAGUUCUGCAGUAGAAAAUGAAUCCCACCUGAGCCAAACUAGGUUUGAACAAUGUUCUAUUUCUCCAUUGUCAUUGAAAGGAGUAAAAGCAGCUGGAUAUGAGAGGAUGACUCUGGUGCAAGAAGCAACUCUCCCUCUCAUCCUUGAAGGCAAAGAUGUUCUUGCAAAGGCAAAGACGGGGACUGGAAAAACUUUAGCAUUUUUGCUUCCAGCAAUUGAGGUCAUUUCCAAAUUGCCUCCUGGUGAUCGUGAUCCAAAAAGACCCUCAAUCAAUGUGCUUGUUGUAUGCCCUACCAGAGAGCUUGCAAGCCAAGCUGCAGCAGAGGCUAACAAACUUCUAAAGUUUCACCCUUCUAUUGGUGUACAAGUUGUAAUUGGCGGCACACGGCUAACGUUAGAACAGAAACGCAUGCAAGCUAAUCCUUGCCAGAUUCUUGUGGCGACACCUGGAAGACUGAAAGAUCAUAUCAAAAACACGCCAGGAUUUGCCACUCGGCUAAUGGGCGUGAAGGUCAUUGUUCUUGAUGAAGCUGACCAAUUAUUAGAUAUGGGAUUUCGGAAAGAUAUUGAAAAUAUUAUUGCUGCUGUUCCGAAACAAAGGCAAACACUUCUAUUUUCUGCUACAGUUCCAGAUGAGGUCCGUCAAAUUUGUCACAUUGCUAUGGAAAGCGACUACGAGUUUAUUAACACAGUGGAAGAGGGUACUGAGGAAACACACUCACAGGUCAGACAAACGUAUCUAGUUGCACCGUUAGAUAACCAUUUUCAAAUAUUAUACAGUAUUCUUACAAAGCAUAUUUCAGAAGAUGCUGACUAUAAGGUAAUUGUAUUUUGUACAACUGCGAUGGUUACAAAACUUGUCGCUGAUCUUCUCUCUAAAUUGCACUUGAAUAUACGAGAGAUCCAUUCAAGAAAGCAACAAAAUUAUAGAACCAGGGUUUCCGAAGAGUUUAGGCAGUCAAAAGGGCUUAUACUUGUGAGUUCUGAUGUGUCCGCAAGGGGAGUUGAUUACCCGGAUGUCACCCUUGUUAUACAGGUUGGCUUGCCUGCUGAUAGAGAGCAAUAUAUACAUCGACUCGGUAGAACUGGUCGAACGGGUAAGGAAGGAACGGGCAUAUUGAUACUGGCACCAUGGGAAAAGUUCUUUUUGCCUAGCAUCAAUGAUUUGCCAGUAACAGCGGCUCCACUGCCACCAACUGAUCCAAACACCAGAAUGAAAGUGGAACGUGCACUAUCAAAUGUGGAGAUGAAGAACAAAGGAUCGGCUUAUCAAGCUUGGCUAGGUUAUUACAAUUCAAAUAAAAAUAUCAGCCGAGACAAGACAAGGCUUGUGGCACUAGCAAAUGAGUUCAGCCAAAGCAUGGGGCUCCACAAUCCUCCAGCCAUACCCAAACUAAUUCUUAGAAAAAUGGGCCUGAGCAAUGUACCUGGUUUGUGCACCAAGUAGCUCUUUCGAAACUUCAUUUACUCUCCAGGACAAAUCUAAAGAUUCUUUGUUAGCUUUACUGUUAAGUGAUUAUUUUUUUUUGUUCGAAACAAUUGGAUUUACAGUAGCUCUUCUACAAAGACUGAAGCUGCUUAUUUGUGGGAAUUCUACUCCCUUGAAUUCUUGUUGCAGUCACUUUUUUGGAAAAGCCUAAUGUGCUAUUGAGGUUGUUAAAAAAAAAUUCUUUUAAUAAUGGUCUGGAAAGUAUCACUACCAUUCUGGA